GCCACCAUGCCCGUGGAGAGGAUGCGAAUGCGGCCAUGGUUGGAGGAACAGAUAAACUCUUGCCUAAUUCCUGGGCUGAAAUGGGUUAAUAGAGUAAGUGAAAUGUAUCUUUAUUGAGACACUGAGUUUGCCUCAGUAUGGAAGUUCACCACAUUCUAAGUUUAUACUGUACCUGGUUUUCAAGCUUUGCUGAAGCAACAAUUGUUACCAAACCCACCAACAUAACCCCUCCAUCAUAUAGGAACACAAACAGGCAUGUAAACAGCAUGUUACUAUAUUCUUUGUCAACUUUUUUGAGUAGCACUUUAUAAUAACUCCAUGUAAUAAAGCAUUUAUAAUGAAUUAGUAAAUAGUUUAUUCAUCAUUUAUUUAUCAUUACUCCAUGCAUAAGAUGUUUAAUAUACUUUAGGUCCUUAUAAACCAUUGACUAAUCAUUAGUUAUUUCCAUCUAAAGUGUGGGCUAUUUCUACUUUAUAAAUACUUUAUAAAUGUGGACAUGUCAAUAGUAGGUAUUCCAGUAGUACCUGAUCUUCCUUAAGGUCUCAAAAUAGCCUAGAACCUAUCAAUGGUAAAAUAAUAAGCACACAACACAGGAUGUUAAAAUAAAUAUAUCAAACAUUUUAUUAACAAAAACUGUUGUGAAGCAACUGUUGCAAGGACUUAAGGAAGAGUUGUAAUGUAAAUGUUUUGCUAAUGUUGUCAACCUCGCAAACGCGAACUAAUUAUAAAACAGGGAGCUCUAGCCUACAUACAACAGCUAGCCAGAACGGACAGUUUUUCUUCAGUGGAUUUUUAUUCCUUCAUUACUACUGAUAUGUGAUUGAGGUAGAAAUUAUUUGCAGGUAUAAAUGUUGCAUAUACAGUGCAUUCGGAAAGUAUACAGACCCUUCACUUUUUCCACAUUUUGUUAUGUUACAGCCUUAUUCUAAAAUUGAUUAAAUAAAUAAAAAUCCUCAUCAAUCUACACACAAUACCCCAUAAUGACAAACCCUAUGAAACUCGAAAUUGAGCUCAGGUGCUGUGGUAAAUUAAAUUGAUUGGACAUGAUUUGGAAAGGCACACACCUAUCUAUAUAAGGUCCCACAGUUGUCAGAGCAAAAAUCAAGCCAUGAGGUCGAAGGAAUUGUUCGUAGAGCUCAGAGAAAGGAUUGUGUCAAGGCACAGAUCUGGGGAAGGGUACCAAAAAAUGUCUGCAGCAUUGAAGGUCCCAAAGAACACAGUGGCCUCCAUCACUCUUAUAUGGAAGAAGUUUGGAACCACCAAGACUCUUCAUAGAGCUGGCCGCCCGGCCAAACUGUGCAAUCGGGGGAGAAGGGCCUUGGUCAGGGAGGUGACCAAGAACCCGAUGGUCACUCUGACAGAGCUCCAGAGUUCCUCUUUGGAGAUGGGAGAACCUUCCAGAAGAACAACCAUCUCUGCAGCACUCCACCAACCGGACGGAAGCCACUCUUCAGUAAAAGGCACAUGACAGCCUGCUUGGAGUUUGCCAAAAGGCACCUAAAGGACUGUCAGACCAUAAGAAACAAGAUUAUCUGGUCUGAUGAAACCAAGAUUGAACUCUUUGGCCUGACAGAGCUUGAGAGGAUCUGCAGAGAAGAAUGGGAGAAACUCCCUAAAUACUGGUGUGCCAAGCUUGUAGCGUCAUACCCAAGAAGACUCAAGGCUGAUAUUUAAGUUAUAUAUUUAAUUUUUUUGCAAACAUUUCUAAAAACCUGUUUAUGCUUUGUCAUUAUGGGGUAUUGUGUGUUGAUUGAUGAGGGACAAAAACAAUUUUAUCAAUUUUAUAAUAAGGCUGUAAUGUAACAAAAUGUGGAAAAAGUGAAGGGGUCUGAAUUCUUUCUGAAUGCACUGUAUAACCUUGAAAUGCUUCCAGUGCUUCAGUCUUUUAAAAACAGACUAUUUUCACAUAUUACUUUAUUUGGCAGCACCUUUACCGGGCCUUUAAAGGAAGUAACUCUUUAAACAUAAUGGGAUAGUUCAGCGAAAUAAUGUAUUCGGAUAUUUGUUUCCUUACCUUGUAAGCAGUCUAUGGACUCAUCUUAAUCUCUUGUGGAAUGCAUAGGAUAACAAGCAGCAGUAAUUCAAGUGUUUGGGUUUUGGUCACUGAUUUAUUUGGACGUGGGGCGAUUAAUCACGCAGCUGACCAAAUUACGCAAGAUGUGUGUAAUGUGUUAGCCAAGUCAUAAAUGUCUGAAUCGUUGUUGUAAUGAACCUGCAGGAGAAGAGGAUCUUCCAGAUUCCAUGGAUGCAUGCUGCAAGACAUGGCUGGGAUUUGGAAAAAGAUGCUCCUUUAUUCAAGAACUGGGCCAUCCAUACAGGUACAGUUAUGAAAAUAAAAUGAUAAGAAAUGGCCAACAAUACACAGUAUGUUACAUUACCAAUGCCACUGUUAUGUGUUAGGAUCAGUGUUAUGACUCAAGUUUAUGCUGCAGUAUGGCCUUCCCCUAAUAAGUGUUUUUUUCUAUUCAGGAAAAUACCAACUAGGGAUCGACAAACCAGACCCGAAAACAUGGAAGGCCAAUUUCCGCUGUGCAAUGAACUCUCUGCCUGAUAUUGAGGAGGUGAAAGACAAGAGCAUCAAGAAGGGAACCAACGCUUUCAGAGUAUACAAGAUGCUGUCUGCGUCAGAGCGCCAGACCAAGAAAGGCAAGUGGUUAUCUCUCUAGCUCUGAAAGAACAAUGAUUGAAUUAGAAAUGGCAGAGACCGAAUUACAGAUCAGCUUCCAGAGAGGAUAACACUUAUGGCUUUACGAUGUAGCCACUAGCCAGUUUUUCAUUCAAGUUAAUUUCAUGUAUAAUAUGGGCUGUAAGCACGGUUUCAUAUGUUAUUAACACUUGAUAACGUAGGGAAUUGAUGCACAUUUGUUAAUGUUGUCGAUAUUAUCCUAUCACUGGGCUCCCGAGUGGCGCAGUGGUCUAAGGCACUGCAUCUCAGUGCUUGAGGCGUCACUACAGACCCCCCUGGUUCGAUUCCAGGCUGUAUCACAACCGGCCGUGAUUGGGAGUCCCAUAGGGCAGCGCACAAUUGGCACAGCGUCGUCCGGGUUUGGCCGGUUUAGGUCGUCAUUGUAAAUAAGAAUUUGUUCUUAACUGACUUGCCUAGUUAAAUAAAGGUACAAUUAUAUAUAUUUUUUUAAAUAUUAGCAAUCAACAGUUUGAUUAUCUAGUUGUUCUUCUCGCUGAGGCGGUUCCAUAUGCUUGAAAUUGACACACUGAAAUAUAUUAAUUUGUGUGCACCUUUUUAAAAGUGGAAUGUCAUGUUGAUGUGUUUUCUAGGAAAGAAAAUGAGUGAACAAGAGGGAAAGAACAAGGUAAUAACUAUUGUGUGUUGACACAGAAGACCUCAGUGCAUAACUAUUCAAUUGCACAUUCAAACCAUUCUUUUAAAUUGAUAAUUUUACUUAGCAAAUGUAAAAUCGUAUUCGCAAGCAUGACAGACCUCCAGUGAGGAUGGAAAGAGAUGCCCACACCUCUCUGCCUCUGUCACCCCAGCAGCAAGUGGAGCCCACAUCCUCAUCCAUGGAGAGCAUGAAUGGGUUUGUUGAAGACCAUGAAGGGCCGGUGGUGAAGGUGGUGGUGAAGGAGGAAGUGAAAGAGGAGUACAUUACAGACUGCACAGGUAAGAGCUUUGGCAUCAGUGUUUGUGUCCACCUGUAAUCAAUUGAAUUGAUGUUGUGCGGUAGACGAUUAAGAGAGCACAACAGGAGUAGUGACAAGGAAUGUUAUUAUGAACUUGUAUAAUAGUUACUCAUUUACUAAUGUCUUAUGCUUAUAACUGUGAGUAAAUUGCUUAGGCUUUCCACAGGAGGACAAAUUUAUAACCAGGGAUUAUCUUGCGCUUCCUCAGAAUAUCUUCAUCUGGGCAGCCGCAGCCCUGGUGACGACCAGCUGAUCAUCGAUGACCUACCAUAUGUGUGUCAGACCAUCGAGGUGACCACGGAGAAUGAGGAGCAGUCGGUCAGCUCCAGCCAAACGUACCCACUCCAGAUCUCCCCUGUGUCCUCGUAUGGAGGUCAGUCCACACCCCCUAAAUCCUCCCACUCCAUCCCAACCCAUGCCUUAACACAACAGACAGGGUUGCUUGGAACUCACAUCAGUACCCAUCAUAGGUGUUAAUAAUGGUAGAAUUCCUGUAGUUCAGAGCAGCGAUGAACAAGAUUUUAAAGAGAUGUGAAUGAUUAGAAUGUCACUACAAUCACAUUGUAAUUCUAACGUACGCCAGGUGAAUAAAUUGAUUGGUGCCACUAUAUUUUCGAACACCAUGGUAUGCCUGCGACUUGCAAGGCACACUAUCACCUCCAUUUGAAAUGCCAAGUAAAAUUGAAACCUUUGAACCUUUAUUCAGUCUAGAUAGUAUAGUACUGUGGUGUAUUGUUUAAUGUCUAUGAGGGUUUAUGGCUUCCCUGUUGCUCAAGGCCAGGCCAGGCCAGUGCUCGUUAUCAUAAGCUCAAGGCCAGGCCAGUGCUCGUUAUCAUAAACAUGGAUACAUCACCACUGUCAUUCAACCUGCUCAUGAUAUUACUGUAGAAUAAGUUAAUAUGUUGCUUGGGAGUAGCAUUAACACAGAAAGUUUAACUCAGAAUAUGAGCUUGGAUUUAUGCAUAUAUAUACAGUUUUUUUCUGUAUGUGUAUGCUUAAAUUGAUACUGUAUAUGGUUCAGUUGAUAUUGAUCUGCCUGAUGUGUAAAGUUACAUAUAGUAUGAUAUAACUACUCUAUUACUGCAUGUUUAGUAUUUGGUGAAGCAUACAAUAUGAUCUCUACAAUGAUUAUGUAUAGAAGUUCGCUAGAGUUCAUCACUGAUGGUAGCAGAUAAGCCUAUUGUCAUUUAACAUUUUAAAACUCUGACAUUCUUUCCUAUGCCCAUCCUUCUCCAACCUGUUAGUCUGGAAAUCCCUGAGUUAUGGGUUUUCAUGGUUGUUCUUUCUGUUCUGCUUUACAGAGAGUGACACAGACAGUGUGCACAGUGAAGAGGACUGUAAGGAGGUAAGGACAAAAAAAUGGCCUCCUAACCAUUAUGUUAGCCUAAUAAUCAUUCAAGACAGCUAGAUUAUUUUGUAAGAUUGGAAAGGUAGUAAAAAGCAUGAGCUGACACACAGAAGACACAGAAGCCUUUGAUUUUGAGCCUGUGUGCCUUUAUGGAGUGCUUGCAGCACAGAGUGAUAGCUUUGUUUUAUGGUGCCAUUGUAGCUGGUCUGUUCUCUAAGCCAAGGGAAGGGCACUUAGCUAGCAGAAUUAGCUUAUUCCAAUAGGGCUGAGUGGCAUGACUGGGCCUGCCUGGGUACACAGACACAUACUGUACAGACAGCUGAAUCAUUAACCCUGCCCUAUCAAAAGAUAAACAAACCUUCACUUUUGAGUUCAUUACAUUAGCCAGUUCUACUGCUUUACAGUAGUAAGAGUAUUGUAACUGUAGCAUGGUGGUACUGUCCCUUUUACUUAUACCACUAGCCCAGCCCAUAUUGUCAGUUCCUGUUCUUGAGCGCUCUGACGUAAAGAAAGACAAAAAACAGAAGGCAGCUCUCUGGUGAAUACCGGAUUCACUUUUGUCCCUGGCUAAUGAUUAAACCAAAUGUAGUGAAUUGUCCUCAAAACAAGCCCAAUCACAAAUCAAGGCACAAACAGUUACAGAAUUCAACAGAAUGUCAUUCUUUAUUUCUCAACUGUUGUUGCGUUUUGAAUUGUAGUGUUCUCUUGUUUGAAUACAUAAUUACUUGUAGAAUAUCUUGCAUACAUUGAGCUGGAAGAGGAAAUGUGAUGCUGCACACACACACGUGUGUGUGUGUCCAUGGGUGAAGAGGGGGGAGAUGAGGUUCCUUAGUAUAGAUGAAUCAUGCAGAGCUCAACAGCAGGAAGAGCAGUUUACAAGCAUGUUAGAAAGUAUUAAGACCAAGUUCUACAGUGCUUAUAAACAUGACAAUAUUUACAUGUGCUUGUCAAUGUGUUCAGGUUACAGUAAUAGAUUUUAAUUGGUAAAUAUGCCACGUGUUUUGCAAAACUUGCUAUAGGUAGAUUUCCAUCCAAUUGGUGACCGAUUUUCAUGCGAAUAUUCUAAAAUCCACAAAAGAAAAUGUGCACACAAAAUGUAAAUUUUCUCUUAAGUUUUCAUGUACUGAAUGAAAAUCUAAAGUUCAAUGUGUUUCAUUCGCAUUUUCAACUUUACCGAUAGUUUUGUCACAAAAAGUGUUGUGUUAAAUAGCAAAUGUACCUACUCUGGCCUUGGCACAUGAGCUCUAACCAACAGCUCACAGAUACAGUGCGGGUAGGCUAGUCGACAUGAUGAGAUUAUUAUGGAUACGAGCGAGAAUAUUUGUAUUUGUCAAACGGCAGUCAAGCAUCGAUCAACAUGUCACCAGAAUAAGACCCUCGAUAUUUAUUGGAAAGGCACAUCAAAUUCAUAGCGUGCAAUUUCAACACGCUGUGAAGUUCAUCAUAACAUCAUUAGCCUCCCGAGUGGCGCAGUGGUCUAAGGCACUGCAUCGCAGUGCUAGCUGUACCACUAGAGAUCCUGGUUUGAAUCCAGGCUCUGUCGUAGCCAGCCGCGACCGGGAGACCCAUGGGGCGGUGCACAAUUGGCCCAGCGUCGUCCAGGUUAGGGGAGGGAAUGGCCGGCAGAGAUGUAGCUCAGUUGGUAGAGCAUGGCGUUUACAACGCCACGGUUGUGGGUUCGAUUCCCACGGGGGGCCAGUAUGAUAUUUUUUUAUUUUUUAUUAUGCACUCACUAACUGUAAGUCGCUCUGGAUAAGAGCGUCUGCUAAAUGACUAAAAAAUUUAAAAAAAUAACUUAGGUCUACUUCAUCAUAACUAAGGUCUACUUCAUCUGUAGUCUAAUAAACUGCAUGGUUUCCUGAGUCGUAGUGGGAGGACCACACACCAUAUCAUUGCGUGACUCCAAGUUUGCUUCAAUAUGAUGGUUAUUAUGUCAGUAUUUGCGCAUAAAGGUGUUUCCACCGCCAUUUCUCGCAUAAUACAUUUUACCGACACAAUAAGAUCCCACCAUGUCGAAUGAACAGAUUAUCUCUCAGCAUUUAUAAAAUUGUAUCCAAACUUCCUGUUUCCAUCACAGCUGUUGUGAUUUUUUUUUUAUAUGGUAUGACUUUACUCGCAUGAAAACUGUGGAUGGAAACGUGGUUAGUGUCAAUGAAAUUCCCUCUUCUAAUGCUGUCAAUGGUUUAUGAAGAUUCCACAAACAGACUACUAUACAUGUUAAGAAAUAUGCUAGUAGCCAAAUCUAUAUUCAGAUAUAUCCUGAAAUAAGUGUUUGAAUGGUUAUGGCUGAAUUAAACCGACCUUCACUGUGACUUGCAGCAUCUUCAUGGUGGGCUGUGGGGAUCAAGUUUAGCUUCCUCUGUGCUGAGAGUGCCCUCGUGCUCACUACCCAGCAUGGCCACCUUUGUCACUUCUGGAAAGGUAACCACCUUCAAAGUGACCAGCACCAGGGACCCCAUGCCCCUCAUCAGCUACAGCAACAGCCCCUGGAAAAGGGACAUUCCAGCAGCCCAGCACCCUCCCUCAGAGCAGGCUUCCUCCAGCCAGGCCUCUGCUGCAGAGACCCGAGCCAGCGUUAUCAUGAAGACCUCAGACAUCUCUAAGUCCUCUGUCAAGACCUGCUGAAGCCCUGGCAGUGCAGUGACUCAAGAUAUGGGCCAGUCAGUGGCAGGCUUGGGGUGGAAAAGCAUUGAUCACUGCUGGCCUUCUUGUUCGACCAGAGUGCCUACUCAUAGGAAUGACUGGGACAUACAGUACAGUAUAGGUGUACGGGGCUCUGUGAGCUGUAGAAUAUGGAUUGAUGCCCAAACUGAACCUCCCAAGAUCUCAGGGAGGGAAUGAAUCUACAAACUGUGAAAAUAUUUGUUGGGCAUCUCUCCCACUCUUCGUCCACUGUUAAUGGUGGUAGACUGAGUUAAUCCUGAGUGGCGCAGUGGUCUA